GCAGCAUCUCUCUGUCUUUCACGCCCACUAUUCAGCGCUCCGCUGGCACCGCGCGCGAGGGUGGUGCAUCUUGCGUUGUCCUCCGCGCGCGCGCGCCUCAUCGCUCUGCAUCCUUCCAUCUUCCAUCACGCGGUGAAGAUGCUGCUGCUCGCGCUGAGUCUCUGCCUGGUUCCCGUUAAUGGACUCCUUCCUGAAACUUGGACAGCUCCCGGUGUGGCCUUACAGUCGCACGCGCCCACAGAGGCGAACGUAGGACAGAAACCGACUGUGCUGAGCGACCUGUUCAGGGAGGUGAAGAAACUGGUGGAAGACACGCAGCGCAAACUGGAGGACGCUGAGCAUCAGAUGGACAACGAGAGCGCGAAAUCCAUCCAGCCCAUCCAUAACAUCACCUCAAAUUACAGCAACGAAAGCAGCUCGGAGAUCGUUAGCGGAAAUCAAUCUGUUCCUGCUGCGGAGGCGAUCAAUAAGAUAUCAGGCAACACAACUGAGGAGAUCCACAUGACCAGAAGCGUUACCCAGUACAGCAGCAAAGGAGAUGACAAUGAUCAUGAGUGUAUUAUUGACGAGGACUGUGAGAAGGGUAGAUACUGUCUCUACAAUGAACACUACUCCGAGUGUAUGCCUUGCAAGCAGUCAGAUGCGAUCUGCAAGAAAGAUGAGGAGUGCUGCAAGGGCCAGCUGUGUGUGUUGGGUCAGUGUAUGAACUCCACUAAAGGAGAAGAAGGAACCAUCUGCCAAGAGCAAAGCGACUGUGACAGCGAUAUGUGCUGUGCCUUCCAUGAAGAUCUGCUUUUCCCAGUGUGCAGCCCCAAACCCAAAGAACGCGAGCCCUGUAGCAUCCCCACCAAUCACCUGAUGGACCUGCUGUCAUGGGAUUCAGGACACAGGAGUCCAAAAGAGCACUGCCCCUGCGCUGGGAACCUGCAGUGCCAACAUCUGAAACGCAGAUUGGUGUGCUUGAAAAGUCCGACCACCAGCGAAGAAACUCUGAGUGACACAAUAUACUCCGAGAUCGACUACAUCAUCUAAACCUGGACACAGAAUCUGUUCAGACUUGAAGUUAGUACAAUAGUGAGCUCUGCAAACUUCACUGAGCCUGAAAGCCUUUAGCAGUCCGCCGUAGAAAACUAUUACUCAAGACCAUAACUGUAUGUACAAUCUGGUCACCAUUAUCCUGCUUCAUGUGCCAGUGUUCAGCUUGUCUACAAGAGCAGUAGCUUUUAGCAGGAAGUGCACCAUGUAAAGGUUCACUCAAAGCUCUGUGGACAGGAAAAACAGCAUUAGAUUAAAGAUAUACACUAUAUACUUAGGCGCAUAUGACUGAAUGGUCACUGGUGUGCAAAAGUGAGUACUGUAGAUGCUCAUAGUUAAAGCUUGGAGUAUAGCAGCUCAGGCUUGGAGUAUAGCAGUGUUUCAGAGUUCAGCAUUUCACACUCAUUAUCAGUCCUUCCUGUGCUGAAUUUGGUGUGUUAGACAAAAAGAAGAAAAAUUACUGCUCCAGGAAUGAGUACAACACUCCUGAUUAUAGAAUUAAAUCAUGUUGUCUCAAAGCUACAGAAAUGUAAACUUGCAAUAAAUAAACAGCUGAAAAAUG